AUGGUAACAAAGGUUGUAGAGGUGAUGAAUUGUAGUAGUAGUUGUUGUGGUGGUGGUAAUGACAAUGGCGAUUAUACUGGUGGUAGUGAAAUGAUGGCAAUACUUGUAAUAACAAUGACAAUGGUGAUGAAGGUGGUGGUCAUGGAAGGGUGGUGGAUGUUGGUGGUGGUUGUGGUUGCUUUUUCUGCCUCAAUUAAUUGGGUGGAAAGGGGAGCACCACUUCCAGUUAGAAGACAAAUUGGAAAUACAUGCUUUGCUGUUGCCGUUGUUGAUGUGACAGCAAGUGCCCGUCAUAUAUAUUAUGGAGAAAAGUUGGUUGCACUGGUGGCACAAGAGAUCCUGGACUGUAUACCAUGGAAUACGAAAAAAGGAGGAUCGGAGAUUAUGGCAUACGAUUACAUUUAUAGGCAUGGGAUCGCAUUGGAGAUGUAUUAUCCAUACAUAGGAGUGAAAGGGAAAUACAAAAAAUCAAGAAAGUUUCAUAGUCCGAGAGUUUCGAUCGAUGGAUAUUGGGAGAUAACAGCCGGAAAUGAGUAUGAGAUGUCAAGAAUUCUCCAAUAUCACCCGAUCACUGUUGCUAUAGCCUGCCAUAGGUCUUUUGAUCUUUAUAAAGGGGGUUUGUACAAGCCACCUCGUUUUUUAUUCGAGCUUGAUAUGGUGAAGUUGAGUGAUGAAUCAAAUCUUGAAGACCAUCCACUUCUGGAAUUUCAUGAGAUUUCUCUUGUAGGCAUAGGGACUUACAAUGGAGAACCCGCCUGGCUGAUAAAAAAUUCCUGGGGGAAGCAAUGGGGUGUAGGUGGCUAUGCAUACGUCUCACGCAACAGAAGCUACGUCGGAGCCUUAGGGAUAAAUUGUUGGCCAUCUUAUCCGAUUAUCGGUGAUCACGAAAGAUAUGAGAAGCCUCGCCUCUAUAAGCCACCUGCUGGGGUUAUAUUCCCGAAGAAGGAUUAA